AUGGCACCCGCGUUUUACCACUCGUGGCCCGAGUCCGUGGACAUGAAGGAGGAGAAGGAGGCGUUCUGGGGCCGGCGGGUGCCGCUGCUGUGGGUGCUGGCCAUGCUGCUGCUGGUCAUCUUGCUGGGCAUAACUGUGGGCAUCUUCGCCAGCAGGGCCAACAGCGAAGCGUGCCUGGAAGGGCUCCGAGCAGAGCAGCGGUGUCGCAAUGCCACCCGCUUCCUGGAGCACCAGCUCAGCGGGAUCCAGCACAGGCUGCUGGCCUCGGAGAACCAGGCCAGCACCUGUAACCACACUGUGGUGAGCUUGACCAAAUCCCUGGAAGCAAGGAAGGCCGAAACUCUGAGCCAGCAAAUGCAGAUACAGGAACUUCAAGGAGAGACCGAGACAUUGAAGAAGAAGCUACAAGAUGCUCUGAUGGAGGUGGAUCAACUAAGGUGGGGUACCCCCACACUAACCCCAAGAUCCCUAGCCCUCAAACCCCUAGCUGCUUUGGUGCCCUCUACCCUGGGGCCAGCGAGAGAAGGCCUGGUCCCACAGUCACACCAUUCCAUGGGCAGAGGGGGCCUGGCUGCUGCCUUGUCUUGAGC